UGGCAGCUCGAACCGUUAAGCCACCGUAGCUUGUAAAAAAAGUGAACGUACUCAAAGCAGAUCCCUGCAGCUGCCGCAUCAGCUGCGUGUAUCUACAGCUCGAGCCUGCCUCACAAGCUGGAUGGCAGGGACAGACUGGUGCGAAAUCAGACAAGUUUGCAGCAAGCAUCUUCCUCGCAGUUUGCAAGUGGUCUUUGGGCCGUGGGACGGAUGAAUGCAGAAGGUAGAGGGCCCGGUUGGGCGUUAGCUGCACUGCUCACAGGGGCCACCCUGCUGGUGGUAGUGGCCUCCAGAAGAACAUCCAGCAGCCAGAAGAUGUCCCAGACCACCAUGGCUCAGGCCACCGCCACUGCGGCCGGAUCUGGGCCCUGGCUGGCAGAAGACCUGCUCGGCUUCCAUGCCCUAGCAGAGCUGUUCUCCAGCGAGAGGGCCGACGUGUGGUUCUGCUCCCUGGUGGGGUCUGUGGCCGUGGGCCUCAGUGGGAUCUUCCCCCUGCUCGUCAUCCCCCUUGAGGCCGGAGCUGCCCUCAAGACAGAAGCUGGCUGUCGGAAGCUAAAACAGCUCCUGAGCUUUGCCAUCGGUGGUCUCCUUGGAGACGUUUUCCUCCACCUGCUUCCUGAGGCCUGGGCCCACUCCUGCAGCUCAGGAGGGAGGCGCCAUCACUACCAAAGCCAGGGCCUGUGGGUCAUCCUGGGGCUUCUCUCCUUCCUGCUCCUGGAGAAGAUGUUCCCAGACCAGGGGAGCCAGGAGGAACAGUCCUCCCACAGCGUGGAGUCCAGCGGAGAAGCCGGGCAGUCACUCAAGAACGGCCACUGCUCCGACACGUGGACCUCUUCCUCCAGGCCCAAGAUCAGCCAGCAGGACAGACCUGGCAACAUCAAGACAAGUGGAUACCUAAACCUCCUGGCCAACUGUAUAGACAACUUCACCCACGGUCUGGCUGUGGCAGGAAGCUUUCUGGUCAGCAGGAAGGUUGGCUUCCUCACCACCUUUGCCAUCCUGCUCCACGAGAUCCCCCACGAGGUGGGAGACUUUGCCAUCCUGCUGCGCGCGGGCUUCGACCACUGGAGCGCUGCCCGCAUGCAGCUUUACACCGCCCUGGGAGGGGUGCUGGGGGCCUGCUUCGCCCUGUGUGCACAGUCCCCCAGGGGCACAGAGAACACCACAUCGUGGAUCCUGCCCUUCACCUCAGGGGGCUUCCUGUACAUCGCCCUGGUGAACGUGGUGCCCGACCUGCUUCAGGAGAACAACUUACGACAAUCUGUUGUGCAAAUCCUGCUCCUGUGCUGUGGCAUCGCUGUCAUGGCCUUGAUGUCCGUCAUCGUGGACUGACCCUGGGGGAGGAGCCUCCUGCCCCGCCCAGUGCCACACCUGCUCCCCAGAGACAGGAGAUGGCUCUACGGAUGAUGAUGUCACCAAUGUGUUUAUCAUAGAACUAGGAUGACUGUAUCCAGAAACUGGGUUGAUGUCUACUAGCUAACGCUCCAGACUAGCUGCUGUUCUCUCCUCCUCCUAACCCAGACCCAACCCCUGAGAACCCCCACCUCACCCCCAUGGAGGUAAACCAGAACACAAAGAUAUCCCACCUGUAUCACCAUCUCGACCACUAGCAUUAUCAGCAUUGUCAGAGGAACAAAGGAGAUCAAUCAGAAAUGCACUUUGACCAAUGCCUUUGAUCAGGAGCUCCUGCAUCAGUCUGGACAGAUAUGAACGGACGGACGGAAGGCUGACAGUACCUGUGUCAGUCAUCCGCUCCCUUUUAUGUGGACACUUAAAACAUGCUUUAGAGUGGAACAGCAAGGAAGAGGGAUGGGGAGAGUCUUCACAUAAGAUGAUACUUUUAUUGUAAGCUUAUGGCAAUCUUGCAGUCAGACAAUCAUUGAUGUUUUGCUUUGCACAAACAUGCAGUAUACACACAAUCACAUAAAGGUAUUUAGUCAAACACAAACAAUGUCAUAUUAGCAGCUCAUGUGUUGGGUAUUUUGUGUUAAUUCUUGCUUUGUACUAUAGACCGUUUCACUGUCAGCAGUGAGUCUCUGUCUGCUUAUGUUGCUAUUCUAUUUAUUGAACCAGAUCAGAAAAAGUUACAUGUCUGGUACUCAGACUGUCUUGUUAAUCGAUGCCAAAAACAUUGAUUUUGUUUGAGGAAUUAUUUGUUACACGAUUAUUUGUAGUCAAACACUUUUUGUACACUACCUUACACAUUCCUCUUAUGUCUAUUUCCCAUGUUGUGACUCUCAUAAAAGUUACAGUGUGAUCGGCAUGGUUUGUAAAUUAUUAAUUGAUGCCAAAAACAGAUUUUGUUUGAGGAAUUAUUUUUUACACAAGUAUUUGUAGUCCAACACUUUUUGAACACUACCUUACACAUUCCUCUUAUGUCUAUUUCCCAUGUCGUGAUUCUCAUAAAGGUUAAAUUGUGAUCGGCUUGGUUUGUAAAUUAUAAAAGGAUGUGAUUUUGAAAAUAAUUUAAUAAAACAUUUCUGAAA